UGGCACCCGAGUGCCCAUGGAAGUGGUUCUGCUGAAGAAGGUGAGCUCGGGCUUCUCCGGCGUCAUUAGGCUCCUGGACUGGUUCGAGAGGCCCGACAGUUUCGUCCUGAUCCUGGAGAGACCAGAGCCGGUGCAAGACCUCUUCGACUUUAUCACGGAAAGGGGGGCCCUGCAGGAGGAGCUGGCCCGCAGCUUCUUCUGGCAGGUGCUGGAGGCCGUGCGGCACUGCCACAACUGCGGGGUGCUCCACCGCGACAUCAAGGACGAGAACAUCCUCAUCGACCUCAAUCGCGGCGAGCUCAAGCUCAUUGACUUCGGGUCGGGGGCGCUGCUCAAGGACACAGUGUACACGGACUUCGAUGGAACCCGAGUGUAUAGUCCUCCAGACUGGAUCCGCUACCAUCGCUACCAUGGUCCAGCUGUCUGGUCUCUGGGGAUCCUGCUGUACGAUAUGGUCUGUGGAGAUAUUCCUUUUGAGCACAAUGAGGAGAUCAUCAGGGGCCAAGUUUUCUUCAGGCAGAGGGUCUCUUCAGAGUGUCAGCAUCUCAUUAGAUGGUGCUUGGCCCUGAGACCUUCAGAUCGGCCAUCCUUCAAAGAAAUCCAGAACCAUCCAUGGAUGCAAGAUGUUCUCCUGCCCCAGGAAACUGCUGAGAUCCAUCUCCACAGCCUGUCGCCAGGGCCCAGCAAAUAGCUUUUCCAGCAAGUUCUCCCCUCUCUAUCAGAUGCUUAAGGGAGGGAAAGUGUCUGUUUCCAGCUUCCCAAAUACCAGUGACAGUUCUCUCCAAGCAGGACAGUGCUUGAUACAGGAACAACAUUUACAACUCAUUCCAGACCCCAGGCCCCUGGAGGCUGCCUCCCAAUGGGAGGAAGAGACUCUACUCCAGGCAUCCUAGGCCUCAACUCCUCCCAUAGAUGCUCUCCUCGUAGGUGUCUGGCAUUGCUGGACUCUGCAAAAUCCCUGGGGUGGGGGGUGGGGUGGGAGUGGGUCAGAAUCCUGCCAUGGAACUGUUCCCUUCAUCAAGAGUUCUGCUGAAUGCCGCGAUGGGUCGGGCAGGGGGAAGAUGGAUUGGGGUGGAAUAGGACUAGCACCAUAUUAAGUCCCUGUCACCUCUUCCGACUCUUCUGAGUGCCUUCUGUGGGGACUCCGGCUGUGCUGGGAGAAAUACUUGAACUUGCCUCUUUUACCUGCUGCUUCUCCAAAAAUCUGCCUGGGUUUGGUUCCCCCUUUCUUCCCCAUCCUCCCCCAAAUCCUUCAUAUGAAAGGUGCCAUGGAAGAGGCUACAGGGCCAAAUGCUGAGCCACCUGCCCUUUUUCCACUUCCUUUAGUAAAACUCCCAAGUGAACUGGUCUUCCUUUUUGGUUUUUACUGUUUCUAAGCCAAGACCUCACACACACACAGAAAUGCACAAACAAUGCAAACCAACAGAAAAACUGUAAAUGUGUGUACAGUUGGCAUGAUAGUGUACAAAAGGAUUGUAGUUGAUCUAAUUCUUUUUUAAUUUUGCCUUUAAGUUAUUUUACCUGUUUUUUUCUCUUUUUGGGGGGAAAGAUGCGCAUUCUAACCUGGAGGUCAACCUUAUGUAUUUAUUUAUUUAUUUAUUUAUUUGGUUCCCUUCCUGCUCGAAGCUUCCACGGCUGCUGCCAUAGUUUUCUUUUCUCCUUUCCUCCUCUGACUUGGGGACCUUUGGGGAGGACUGCAACGCCUGCUCGUUUGUAGGGUGACGGGACUCAGGCAGGACAGCUGCUGCAGCUCCCUGACUGCUGUGGGCCCCCUCGCCUGCUGAUUACCCAAGUGGGUAUGGGUUCCAUGGGUGAUGGGGGAGGGGCGUUGCUGGCUUGUGUAUAUAGGAUAGAUAUAUGAAAAGCAGUUCUGGAUGGUGUGCCUUCCGGAUCCUCUCUGGGGCUGUGUUUUGAGCAGCAUGUAGCCUGCUGGUUUUAUCUGAGUGAAAUACUGUACAGGGGAAUAAAAGAGAUCUUAUUUUUUUUUAUACUUGGCGUUUUUUGAAUAAAAACCUUUUGUCUUA